UCACCGCACGACAUACCUUCGUGUAGCCCGUCAGCGGCAUCCUACUCUCUCGUCGAACUCUCGUAUUCAAGUUUAAGCUCUCGAGUCAAAGAUUGGAAGGCGUAUCGGUUUUAUUGGUGCGAUUCUCUUUUUCUGAUUUCGAUUAUUCAAUAAAUAUUCGUUUUAUUGACUUUUGACAUGCUUGUUUUCGAAUGACGUAUGUAUAACGGACGAGAGAAAGUGUGAGGGGGAGGAGGAGGAGGUGGAGGAGGAGGAGGAGGUUUCUUUUAAAAAGAGAAAAAUUACACUUUCAAGGUUGUCCGUUGAAUUGAACGCACUCUUGAAAAAUCCUGUAUAAUAAUAAAAAUAAUAACAAGAAUAAUAAUAAUAAUAAUAAUAAUAAUAAUAAUAAUAAUAAUAAUAAUAAUAAUAAUAAUAAUAGUAAUAAUAAUAAUAAUAAAAAUAAUAAUAAUAAUAAUAGCUGGAGUGCGUGGGAUUUGGUGGUAGUGCCGCGAUAGGACGACGAAGUUUGAUUGUUAUCGUACCGGCUUUCUAGGAGUUCCUAAAAAAAGAAGAGGAUAGAAGGGGAUCUAAUCUACUUGGAAUUCUUAUAUGUUCAUUUUGGAAUGUAAGUAAAAGAAAAAGAAAGAAAGGAAAGAGAGAGAGAGAGAGAGAGAGAGAGAGAGAGAGAGAGAGAGAGAGAGAGAGAGAGAGAGAAGAAAGAAGAAAAGAAAAAGACAGGUCGCAGUGGGUCACCGUUGCAUGUCCUAUGGUAACUUAGACUAUGUACGUGCCGAGUGUAAACCGCACGUAGAAUCGAGGGGACAAGAGGGACAAACUCGUCGUAAGACACGAGAAGGUGGAGGUGGAGAAGGUGGAGGUGGUUGUGAAGGAUGGAGACUCUCUUGUUGUAUCUUGUGGCGAUCGCCGGGAUCGUUCGUAAGAGCCAAGGUAGCCUAUUGGGUGUUGGCCUCGAUGAAGCUGGAGAAGAGUUCCUCAACGAGUACCUGUCGCUCGACGAAAGCAGAUACCUCGCCGAAUUGCAGGAGUUUCAGGACGCGGCGAUCGAGAUUGAUCUUAUCGGGAGCAAGAGGCAUCGGCAGCCUCACCAGGAGCCUAGAGUGCUCUAUCAGAUUGGGGACAGCGAAGAAGAAUUGCCAGAGUGCUCAGAUCGAAGCGAAGUCUGUAGUAAAGUAGAUCUUUAUGGUGCACCAUGGGUCGAGAGACAAUGUCGUUGUCCUGGUGGACGUGCUUGUCCUAGUAGCCUCCACGCGGAUGAUGGACAUACGAUCGUCGAUAAAACUCGACAAUAUAAACUCUGUGAACCCGUAAAGCGUCUUCCUAUUUGUCGUUAUUUCAAAGACAUCACGUGGACGUUGGCACCCGGUGGAGGACCAGCGAACGCAACAGUACAACGUGUACACUGUCGUUGUCGACCAGGCAGUGUACCAUAUCUCGUCCGAAGACAACCCCAUAUCUCUCCAGAGGGUAAUUCCGGAUUUAUAUAUGCUUUCGCCUGUUCGCCGCAAAGCAGGCUACGUUGCCAGCACAAGGAACCUUGCAGGCUGUUUACCGUUCGCAAAAGAAGGAGCUCACAGUUGGAAGAAGUAAACGCCUCGCCUCUCUGCCAGUGUCCCAGGGGACACCGUUGUCCCCGACGUCACACGGAUCCUGGAUCAUUGCCGGCGAGAUCUUAUUCCGGCAUAUUGGAGAUCAAAACUUACAGUGGCUACUGCGUACCUUCGCAUCAUCCUGAACCAGUCUACACAGUUUGAAAAGGAGAGAGAGAGAAAACAAGAAAGAAAAAAGGACAACGAUCUCUUUUUCUUCUUUUUUUUUUUUUUGAUUCCUUUUUUUUCUUUAACG